GAAGUGGGUAUAAUGUACUUGACCCAUGGUUUGAGAGAACCAUGAACUGUCGGAAGUGAUGUCCAACAGUGUUCAGUACCCCAUAACUGCGUGCAGAGAGACCGAAAACGACUCGGGAGAAGCGCUUAAGCAACAAAGCGGUAAUCGAAGUGUUGCAGGCACCAAGAAGGGCAUGUAACUUAGGUAUUUCAGGGCCUAGAGUCCACAUAUUCGUAACCGGAAUGACACCGCUAAGGUAUGAUAUCCCCAUCACAUUCGCGUCUGCUGGAGUGCUCCAUUGACGAGAUAGACAACGUGUCUCCAGUAUCGCUCAGGUCCGUCUAUCCAUGCCGUCGCCCCAACACCCCACCAGGAAGGGGAAGAGGAAACACAACGGUUUGGAGGCCGUGGAAAUUACCAACGGGCCUGCAUGAAGCACGAAGUAGCCCAAUGUGCGAUUCCAAGCAUUUCUCAGUUGGUGUAUUCCCAGAUCCAUGUGAUCUUGCCGAACAGGCUGACGAAAAGAGCGCAGUUAGAGCGCACUACCACCGCGGUCCCUCGCCUCUUGAGCCCAAGGAGGAGGCGAUUUGUAAAGUCCGUGCACGGCAUAUGAUCUCACCCCGGAUGCUCGCAGGCAUUGUAACAUCCCAAGGUAAAGAAGACUCCCGACCCCGGACAUCCGGCACUGACCAGGGAAGCCUGCAAGAUGUAGCCCUGAUCGCCAGCAGGGGGGUUUUAUAACCUCCAGAGUUCGGUCCCACCCCCAAUCGACGC